AUGCCUCGAUUCAUCCGGAACCGAGGUCGUUUCUCUCCCUCUCUUGACCCUCAUUUCCUCUCCUACCUUUCCCUCGCCGACAACCAAUUUUUCGGCCCAAUCCCCGCCUCCUUCUCUGCACUGUCCGCCCUCCGCCAUCUCAACCUCUCCAACAACGCCUUCAACGCCACCUUCCCCUCCAACCUCGCCCGCCUUGCCAAUCUCCAAGUCCUUGAUCUCUACAACAACAACAUGACCGGACCGGUCCCUUCCCCAUCGCCAUCGUCGCCAUGCCCCCUCCUCCGUCAUCUCCACCUCGGCAACAACUUUUUCUCCGGCCAGAUCCCUCCCAAGUAUGGCACCUGGCAACACCUAACGAACUCAUGGGAAACAUCUCUCGGAGCUUGGAAACCUCACCGCGCUUCGUGA